AUGAUAGAAGUUCGUGCUCAUUUCCAAAGUCCAAACCCAACUCUAAAAGAAGUUAAGUUUGCGGAUUUAAAAAAAGCUACAAAAAAUUUUAGCAUGCAUGUGCGUAUUCCGCCUACAUAUGUGGGAAGGGUGUUCUUAGCAUGGGUUGAGCAGAACACAUUGGCCCCUUCAAAAGAACGUGAUGGAAUUGCUGUUGCGGUUAAAAGGCAUAUACCCUUUGAUAAAUGGCUAGCAGAGAAGAACAUCUUAGGACAAUUGGCUUGUUUACAAUGGUGUAAGUUGAAUAAUUUUACAGGCCGGUUGACUACGAAGAGUGACAUCUAUGGUUUCGGAGUGAUGUUAUUGGAAAGUAUAACAGGCCGACGCGUAUUUUUCCUCCAUGAGAAUCAAACCUUGGUAGAUUGGGCCACAGGGAUCCACACAAAUAAAAGAAAUGUAAAGGAAAUAAUUGAUCCACGUCUUGAAGACAACUACUCCCUACAAAGUGUUUCUGAAUGUUUUUCAUUGGCAGUAAGAUGUGUUUCCAACAACCCCGCGGAUAGGCCUUCAAGUGAAGAAGUUUUGCAGAAUUUGGAACGAAUUCAUGCUCUCUACAAGUAA